GCUAACGUAACCAGGAGUAUAGUUUCUCAAGUGAAGUUCAGUUGAUUGUGUUUUUACGGUAUUUGUGCGAUAAAGAAUAACAUGUGAAUUAGAAGUGAAAAUAUUUCUAAAACUGAAUAAGGGAAGAAAUGUCUACGUUUAUUGUGAAUGUUUGCACUGUGCUUUUACUGUCCUUGAACUGCCAAGAGGCAGGCAGCUUAAAAGUUGAAAAAAAGUCGAAUACACACAAUGAUUACUUUGACCAAAGGAAGAGUUUUGGUUUACAAUCUUCAGUGGUCCAAUUGUCAGAUCACUUAGAUGCUCAUCACCCAAGGCACUUGAAGAGGCGUGGGGGCCCUCAUCUUUGUCACAAAGGUCAUUUAACCACCUGUUGUCCUGGCUGGAAAGCUCUGUAUGAAGAAGGACCAUGUAUCAAAGCCCAAUGCAGAAACAAUUGUGGAGGAGAAGGAUUUUGUGUGGGACCAAAUUGGUGUCAUUGUUUCACUGGGAGAGAAAGUGUUUCUUGUUAUUCUAAUACAGAAAAUGAAGGCAGCCAUUAUUUAUCAUCUAGUAUCAGCAUGUUGUCCUUCAAGUGUCAGGAACUGAAGUGUAAUCAGCAGUGCUUAGAAGGUUAUAGAUCAGUACCUGCAGGUUGUGCAUGUUAUCGUGGGUUCUAUUUGGAUGUUGAUAGAAAAUCCUGUGUUGAUGUUAAUGAAUGUGAAGUACUUCACCCCUGUCACCAGAUUUGCUACAACUUUCCAGGCAGUUAUCGAUGCUCUUGUCAACAAGGAUAUCAACUACAUGCUAAUGGCCACAGUUGUCUUGAUAUUGAUGAAUGUGCAAGUGACUUCAGAAACCAUUGUGAUGAUGAUGAUUGCAUUAAUACCAUUGGUAGCUAUUUUUGUUCAUAUUCAGAAGAACAUAGUGAUACAGAUUGCUUUCAUAAGGGUUCAGUAGGUCAAAACUGUUGUAAAGGCCAUUGUUCAAAAGGAGCACAGUGUAUAGAUAAUGAAUGUGUUUGCCCUGCAGGACUAACAGGAUAUGCAUGUGACCAUGAUAUAGAUGAAUGUUACACUCUUGGUUUCUCAGAAAAAUGCCAAUUCUUCUGUGAAAAUACAUUUGGAAGUUUUAAAUGCUUUUGUCCAAAUGGUUAUACUUUAAAUUUCGAUUCUCGAACCUGUCAAAAAAUUCAAUGCCUACCUGAUUGUCUGAAUGGAGGAACUUGUUUAAAUGGAAGUUGCAUUUGCCCUCCAGGAUAUACAGGGAACUCGUGUGAUUUAGAUGUGAAUGAAUGUGUUCGUGUGCCACCUCCAUGUGAGUUCACUUGUAGAAACACGUUUGGUGGAUAUGUCUGCUUUUGCCCACCAGGACAAACCAGUGAUUCCUCAUGCUCAUUUACAUCUCCAUCUAGAAAAGUACCCACAAAGCAGCCAAGAAAGACAGAAUGUGAAAAUGAAGGUUGUAGGAAGAUGCAUGUAUCUACAGAAUUAAAUUCUGAUAGUUCAACUCUCGUAAGUGGUGUGACAGAAAGUGCCAUUGGUGGCAAUAUUUCAUUUCAAGGUGUUUUGACAUCAAGUCCAUUCCAAAUGAACUUUACUAUAAUGAGUAGCAAAACAGCUUUUAAACAUAGCAGUACCUCAACCUUGGAAAAUGUUUUAUUAUCAACACCUUUACCAGCUCAUGAAUUUAAAGAUCCAAUUCACCUGCAUAGAAGUAUAACAAACUUUGAAAAUGAAGAAGACAAACAAGUGAAAUUUUCAUUACCCCCAAAUCUGACAAUUUUAAACAGGAUAGGGUAUGACAAUAAAAGAGUGAAACAGUUACAGAAUAAUUUAACUGAAAAGAAGCAACAAACUAUAAUCAUUACUGACAUGAAGAAUAUAACAGGAGAAACAAAACUUAUUGACAAUAAAAAAGAAGAUAUUCUAGAAAAAUUAUUAACAGACAAUGAAGAAGAAAUACUAAAGCCAAGAUUAAAUGGUGAAAAAAAAGAAAUACCAGCACCAAAAUUAAGUAGCAAGAAAGAAGAAACACCCGAAACAAAAUUAGAUAGCAAGACAGUAAAAUCAUCAGAAACAAAACUAAGUAGCAGAAAAAAACAAACAACUGGCGACAAUGAGGAAACAUUAGGAAAUAUAUCAACUGGCAAAAAGGAAGAAAUAAAAUUAACUGAUAGAAAAGAAGGAACACCUGAAAAAAAAUUAACAAGCAAGGAAGAGGAGGUACCAGAAAUCCUUUUUAGUAGAAAAAAGGAACAAACAGUUGAAAAAAUUAAUCCCCUAACACAAGAAAACUCAACAAAAUCCACUAUAAUACAAAAGCUAGACAUACCUACCAGAAAGGAAGAGAUACAUAAGAUGGAUAUUUUUGUGGUUGAAGAUAUAAAUAGUAAUAAAUCUGCAUUUAAUCAGUGGAAUCUUACAAAAAAAUCAGGUAAAAAUAAGUUAAACAUUAAAACAGAUGUUAAUGUUUUAUCACAGAGAACAGACAUGAAUUCUUUAGAAGGAACUGGUGAUGAACUUGAUUCUGUCACUGAAUUCAAGAAGAUACAUACUAAUAAGCAUCAGAACAUAUCAAAAAAUGAAGAAAGAAGCAAGGAGGCAAAAGAACAUAUAAAUGAAAGUUUUCAUCAUAUUGGCAGAAACAAUUCAGCAGUAGUACCCGAUUGUUUUUACAUUGGCAGAAGAGUGAAAUCUGGGACAAAAUUCUUUCUGGACUCAAACAAUUGUACCAAGUGCUCAUGUAAGCUUGGUGAAUUAAGGUGUGAGACAAAAACAUGUCAACCUCUUUCAUGCAAUAAUUCUUUGCCUGGACCUUGCUGUCACUACUGUCCAGAGGAUUGUUUAUUUGAAGAAGAAAUCUUUGGACAUAACAAAACGUUUACCCCAGAUUUUGACCCAUGCCGAAAGUGCAUUUGUAAGAAUGGUCGAGUUUAUUGUGAUGCUGUGGUGUGUCCAAUUCUAGAAUGUGAAAUUAGUUCUCAGGUCAUUCCUGUUGGACAAUGCUGUGCUGUUUGUCAGAAGACCAAGCCCACUAUGUGUCUAUACAAGGGAAAACACUUUUACAUUGGUCAGCUAUGGCUACAACACAGCAAAGAAACUUGCAGGAGUUGUCUGUGUAAAGAAGGAGGAGUUGUUGAAUGCAGGGUGGUGGUUUGUUUUCCACUGUGCUCUUAUCCAGAAAAAGUACCUACAAAUUGCUGUCCUGUGUGUUCUGGAUGUCUGUAUCUGAAUCAAACCUCACUUGACAAACACAAGUGUUACAUGCAUUUGAAGGCUCAGAGAACACUUCACCAUCAGCAUAUUUGGAUUGUUUCAUUCUAA